AUGCCGGCCCAGUUCGCACAGAACGGCCAGCUGAACUACGUGGUGGUGGAUGAGAACGAAGAAACGAAUACGAACUUUCUGGAACAGCAGCCAGUCCUGGUGCGAGUGCCUCAGCGGCAAGCUGAGUACGUGACUCCCCAGCGACAAGAGCGGCCGUUACAAGUCCAGCAGCGGGUGCAAUCGGUACCGCAGGUUCAAUAUCAGCAACCAGUUACACAGCCCCCUCAGGUUCAGUAUCAGCAACCUCAGGUCCAAUACCAGCAACCCGUGACCCAGCAGCCACAGGUUCAAUAUCAGGCACCCGUUGUCCAACAGCCUCAGGUACAGUAUCAGCAACCCGCUGCUGCCCAACAACCACAGUACCAGUACUACCAGCAGCCGCAAUACACGUACCAACAAACUCAGUCGCAACCUUACUACCUAUCCGCAUACCAGCAGCAGCAACCUUCCUACGCCCAAUACCAACAGCCGUCGUACUAUUACGCCGGAGCGCCCCAAAGCUCCGGUCAAUACUAUUCGACCCCACCGGAAAGAGGUUCGGAUGAGGGCAGCAUACAUCCGGUGCAGUCGUAG